UUGGUAUUAUUUGUGGUGAUGAUGUUGGAAGAGGACAGGAUCUGGUGGAGGACUUUGGUUAAUUCGGUGAUGAACCUUCGGGUUCGGUAAGCCAUCUAGUUAGUUAGGGUGUUUUGACGAAUGGUGAGAGGCAGAAUUUUACAUUUACAUUGACUUUCAAAACAAUAAUGAUUUUAUGCUUCAAUUAGUAAUCUCAGAGGGAUAUUUAUUACUAAUAGUAAGGAAGAAGUAGAACUUUAAAUUUUCAAGAUUGGCACUUACUUGUACUACUCUGCGUUUGUGGUUCGUUAGUUUGCUUGUCUUUGCGUGGAAAUUAAUUUGUUAAAUUAUAUAAUUUUAUCUUCCAACAUUAUGCCUAAAGUCAGAAGAAGCAAGAAAUCACCACCUGAAGGGUGGGAACUCAUUGAACCAACAUUAGAAGAACUGGAGCAAAAAAUGCGAGAAGCCGAAACAGAACCUCAUGAAGGAAAGAGAAAAGUAGAAGCAUUGUGGCCAAUUUUUAAGAUCCACCACCAGAAAUCGCGUUAUAUUUAUGACUUAUUUUACCGCAGGAAAGCUAUCAGCAGAGAAUUGUAUGAAUACUGUUUGCGAGAGAACAUAGCAGAUAAGAACCUAAUUGCAAAAUGGAAGAAACAAGGUUAUGAAAAUCUGUGCUGUCUUCGAUGCAUCCAAACCAGAGACACAAAUUUUGGUACCAAUUGCAUAUGUCGGGUUCCAAAAGGGAAACUUGAGGAAGGUCGCAUUGUGGAAUGCAUUCACUGUGGAUGCAGGGGCUGCUCAGGAUAAUGACAAUAUAUUAGGAACAUCUGUGAAUAAUACAUUCUGUAAUUGGUGAUAAAAGUGGCAGUAUAUGUAUGUAAUGGAUUCCAGGGCAAUACUUGUAAGUAAUGAUGAAAUGAGUUUUGAUACAGUGUGAAUGUAUGGUGGAGAGUUUUAGCUGUAAGGUAUGGUAUAAGUUGAUGCCCAUGAGAUGGGAGAAGAAAUAUUCUGUAUUGUACAGAGAGUCCCAUGUAACUCGAAACCCACAUAUUUGCUUGCGACUGCUACGUUCUGCAUUGAUACUAGUCUUCCAGUAGUUCACAUGCUGCUGUGGCUGUGGCUUGCUCUUGUGGAUGUUGCCAUGUUAAGUGGGACACUCUAUAGUAACAGGGCUCAUUAUGAAUUAUUUUUGUAAACAGAACGGAAGAGGUGUUAUAAAAGAGUGUGUAUAACUGUA